AUGGCUGAAAUAGACCAUCACAAACCCAUCAUUGCCAACACGGAUGAGUUCCAGCACCUGUUUCCCCCUACAGUCGAGGAUUCUGUGGGCGCAACACCGGUUGUAAACACAACAGCAGAUGAAACAACUCGCUCUUCAAACGCGCCCGCUUCACAAGCCGGCCCUAUUCCUACAAAAUCUAUGUCCACAGACUCUCUAGACUCCAGCAGUUCAUCCGUCUUGUCUUGCAAUGCUGGCAUUGACUAUGUUAUCGUGUUUCGCUUCCCUACACAGUUACCCAAAAACGAUAAAUCACUCACAACCAGAGCUCAGUUAGAAUCCAAAGUAGCUGCUUCAUUAGCCAGCGUCACUCAACGCUUGGCCAAGGUCAAUUUGCGUUUCCAGGUGCGUCCAGGUAAAGAAGACGGUACUUUACUUAUCUUGGUAAGCAGCCCUGUUGGCCCCAUUAAGAAAGAGUACAGACAAGAAAGAGUGCGCGAUUUCUUGCUGGGUGUUCGAGUAGAUGAAAUUGGAGAUGAGUCCAAUAACACGAACAAUGUGGACCAAGCAUUCGAGGAUCUAACAGAGGCAGAGAGAUUGCGUCUGGUCUACGAGAUCUUGACUCAACCAGAGACAGAGGGAGGUGCAGGAAUUUCCAAUGAGUUGGACGAUUAUGUUGAGAGCAUCAUGCCGUUGCACGAUGACAAAUUCAAUAACAAAUGGCUUAAAUCCUGGUCGACAAAAUCUCUGAUUAACGAGCAUGAUUUAUUGACAAUCCGAGAUCAUUUUGGCGAGAAGAUUGCCUACUAUUUCGCAUUCCUGCAAAACUACUUUUUAUGGCUCAGUGUGCCUGCUGCUGUAGGUGUUCUUGUCUACUUGACACACUCGAACACUCUGGCUAUAUGGUUUUCACUGUUCAUGCUGCUGUGGGCCAUCUUGUUUACCGAAAUGUGGAAGAGAAAGGAAGCCGAAUUGGCAAUCAAAUGGGGCGUGCGAAACUAUUCCAAGCAUGAAAAGAGAAGAGCCGAGUUCAAGGGAGAGAAGAUGGUCAAGGAUCAUGUUACAGGUGAGGAUGUUCCCUUUGUUUCUGCCUGGAAGUUGCUGGGAAGACGUCUCGUUGCUCUGCCUGGCGUUGCUGUUGGUGCCUUCUUGCUAAGUAUCAUUGUUGGCUUUGUGUUUAUUCUCCAGCUGUUCUUGCAUGAGUACUACAAUGGCCCCUUUGCCAAAUUUUUGCACUAUGCUCCUACUGUGGGCUAUGUCCUCUUCAUUCCCAGCAUGACCAAGAUUUACAGCAAAUGGGUAAAGACAUUGACUGACUGGGAGAUGCAAAAGACAGACGCUCAAUGGGAAUACAGCUACACUCAAAAGAUCUUUAUCGCCAACUUUUUGGUAGGAUACCUUUCCUUGUUUAUUACUGCGUGGAUCUACAUUCCUUUCGGUGAUUAUGUCCUGCCUUACCUUACUAACCUCAACAUCAGCCAUGACCACAAAACUGUUGACUUUCAAAGACUGCGUGCACAGCUCGUCUAUUUCAUUGUCACUGGUCAAUUGGUUGGCUUCUUGACUGAAAUGGUUGUUCCUUAUGCAUUAAAGAAGUUUGUACCCAAGGCCAAAAAGAUAGUCCAGAAAAAGAAGAACACUGCAUCCUCCACAAAAUCGUUGAGCGAAAAGGGUCCUAAUACAACUAUUCAAGAUGAAGAAGAAGAACAGUUCAUGAACAAGGUAUACAAGGAAGUAGCUAUGGAUGAAUACGCCAUCUACACCGACUAUGUAGAGAUGGUUAUCCAGUUUGGUUAUGUCAGUAUGUUCUCUACCGUUUGGCCAUUGACUGCCCUGUGUGCCAUGAUCAAUAAUUGGGUGGAACUUCGUGGCGACGCUGCUAAAAUCUGUAAAUACACAAGACGUCCUAUUCCUCACAGAGCUGAGAGCAUUGGCCCUUGGUUGGGUAAUAUGGAGACUCUGGUUUGGUUGUCUUCCAUCACUAUGGCAUCCUUUGCUUAUCUCUUCCAUCCUUCAACUCACAUCCACUCAUCCUACACGCCUGUCUUUACCUUAUUAGCUAUUUUGGUAUCCGAGCACUUGUUUAUUGCACUCAGAUUUGGUGUCCGUAAAGCACUCAACUUGAUCCCUAGCAUGGCUGAAUGGUUGGUUCGCAAAGAGGAGUACAACCUGAAGAAGGUAUGGCUUGACCGUAUGGUUGGCAAUCAUCAAAAGUUUGUUGCUCGCAGUAACCUUGAACACGAAAACGACAACUCAGACCUUGCUGAGGGUCUCAGUCACAAGCUUUGGAACCAUCAUUUAGAUCGUCAAGCAGAGGCAAAUGAAGCUAUUCAACUUGUACAAAACGCAUUCAAGACCAAAUAA